AUGUCUAACCAGGAACAGGUCGGGCAUGCCCAAGAGUUCACGGCUACCAUAGUCAAAGAAAGACGUGGCGAACGGCCGGAGUUUUAUCAGAUAGAUGGAAAAUCCAUACCAACUGACGAGACAUGGAAUUUGAGCCCGGCUGUCCACGAACUACUCAAUCGUCGCUUGUUGCAAGAUCAGUACAAUCCUCUCACUUUGUUAAAGCAGAGAAUCGUAGAUUACAUGCACCAAACCUACAGAAAAGGUGGAGCCUUUAGAAGUCCUUUGUUCACCGUCUGCGAGAAUGAAGCGCGCAUUGUGACUACUUUCCAGAACUUUGACUCGCUUCUCACACCUUUAGAUCAUGUUUCAAGGAGGCCGUCUGAUACGUACUACAUUAAUAAAACGCAUUGUCUUCGCGCGCAUACUUCCGCUCACCAGCAUCAGCUUAUGAGGGAGGGAUUGGAUGCGUUCCUCGUUGUUGGAGACGUUUAUCGACGUGAUGAGGUGGAUCGAACACAUUACCCAUGCUUCCACCAGGUAGAAGGUGUCCGCCUUUUUACACCUUCGCAACUCUUCCAGACUGAAGAUGAUGUGCCCAUCUUUGAAGAUGGUGAACGAACUCCUGAGAAACAAGAGCGACACACCCAAGAUGCAUCAAAAGCCUUAGAAAUUCAGUUGAAAACAACCCUUGAGGGUCUUAGCGAUGCUCUCUUUGGAGAGUCUUGUGAGAAACGAUGGGUUGAAACCUACUUCCCGUUUACACAUCCGUCUUAUGAACUGGAGGUAUACUACGAUGGUAAGUGGAUGGAAGUAUUGGGUUGUGGCAUAAUGGAGCAGGCAUUGCUGGAAUCGGCCGGUGUUCGGGAUCAGGCUGGAUGGGCAUUCGGUUUAGGACUGGAGCGACUGGCCAUGAUAUUGUAUGAUAUUCCUGACAUUAGGUUAUUCUGGUCGAAAGAUACUGGCUUUCUAUCUCAGUUUUACGACAAGUCACCUAUGGACGAGAUAAAAUAUAAGCCGAUUAGUGUGCAUCCUCAGGUUUUGUUCGAUAUGUCGUUCUUUCUACCAGAUGGUGCUCUAUUCAACGAUAUGACAGCAAAUGUGAACGACACUGUAAGGAAUGUAGGAGGCGAUCUAGUGGAGCAGGUAAAGCUCACGGAUGAGUUUUUCAACGAAAAGAAAAAUCGCCGAAGUCAAACCUACCGCAUUGUGUACAGGAGUCACGAAAGAGCGCUGACCAAAGAUGAAUGCUAUUUGGAGACAAAGUGCACCGUAGGCCGAAUCCGUCUUUUUCUUCUGUAUUUCUUCUCGAAAAUGCUAAAAUUAUGCCGGACGCGGGUGCUUGUGGCCGUUCUGCUAGUUUCAUGGGUUUCCCUUAUUGUCUACUUUAUGACUUCUGGAUUUUAUGACAGAAGGGAGGAUACUUUUGGGGACUUGACUAAGCCUCGCAGAGGUUGGAAACUUCCUACUGAAGAACUUUACUUGGAUCCUCCUCUACCGCAAGUGCCACCAACAAAAUCGGCAGAAGUGGUUCUACACUCUCAAGGAGGCCUGACAUCAUUUCUAGACAGAUUCAGUAAUACUGAAAUUCACCCCAAACCGCAACCUGUGCUCAGUUUAUCCGAGUUUGACGUAGAUGCCUACAUCGCAAAAGGAAAGCUCAAGCCUGGAGAGGAUAAAUAUGCUGCCAACAAGUUCAAUCAAGCUGCGAGCGAUGCCGCUUCUGUAAAGAGAGAUAUCAUUGACAGCCGAGAACAUCAUUGCAAGAAACUAACCUACGACACUUCUGUGUUAGAACCCACCUCUGUGAUAGUAACAUAUCAUAACGAGGCUCGAUCGACGCUUUUACGUACUGUAUAUAGUGUUAUGCUACGAUCUCCUCCUCAUCUUAUUCACGAAAUUAUUCUUGUCGAUGAUUGCUCUAAAGAUGAUUCUAUUGGAAAGGAUAUCGCACAGCUGGAAAAAGUGACUGUUCUGAGGAACAUCAAACGCGAAGGCCUUAUACGAUCUCGUGUGAAAGGAGCUGCCUAUGCUACUGCCCCGAUCUUGACAUUCCUUGACAGUCAUGUUGAAUGCAAUGUUGGCUGGCUGGAGCCACUUCUUGCUCGGAUUAAUGAGAAUGAGAAAGCAGUUGUUGCACCAAUAAUUGAUGUGAUUAACAUGGAUACUUUCAAUUAUAUUGCUGCUAGUGCUGAUUUGAGAGGAGGAUUUGAUUGGAAUCUCGUUUUCAAAUGGGAAUUCCUCACUGGAAAGCUCAAAGACGAACGUCAUGCUCAUCCGACUGAUCCUAUCAGAUCUCCAACUAUGGCUGGUGGUUUAUUUGCCAUCAAGAAAAGCUGGUUUGAAGAAUUGGGCACCUACGACAUGGGUAUGGAUGUGUGGGGCGGUGAAAAUCUUGAAAUGUCGUUCCGCGUGUGGCAAUGCGGAGGAUCUUUGGAAAUCAUCCCCUGCAGUAGAGUUGGCCAUGUUUUCCGCAAGCAACAUCCAUACACUUUUCCCGGAGGAUCUGGCAACGUCUUUCAAUCAAAUACGAGACGCGCGGCUGAGGUCUGGAUGGAUGAAUAUAAAGUGAUAUAUCUAAGGAAUGUGCCAUCAGCAAGAUAUGUCAAGUAUGGAGAUGUUUCUGACCGCUUGGCUUUGCGAGAGCGUUUAAAAUGCCAUUCUUUCACCUGGUACCUGCAGACAAUAUAUCCAGAAUUGAAAGUUCCCGAACGCGAAAAAGGCGAACUGUACCACAUCAAAAACGGUAUCAUGUGUCUGGACACUCUCGGCCACAAAAUUGGAGAAUCCGUCGGAAUCUACCAGUGUCAUGGAACCGGAGGAAACCAGGAAUGGGCUUUCGAACAAGAAACUGGUCAUCUGCUCAGUACAGUCACAAAACUCUGCUUCACAAUGGAAGACAUGAACGGGGAUCCGGUAGUGAUUUUGGAUGAAUGCAAGAAUGUCAACUCAAGGAUUCGCAUGGAUGCGAGCACAGGUUGGCUUACGCAAGGAGGCCGAUGCCUAGCUAUUGAGCCGGAUGGAGACCAGUGGCGAUUGACUUCUGCACUAUGCGAUGCGACCGAUGGUGCCCAAAAAUGGGUAUUCGAGAGAACUGUAGCAUUUGGAACAGUCAAGAUUGCCAGGCGGUCGUGAUUCCGUUUCGAAUUUCAAUUUGACAUUGUUUCGGUUUUUGAUUUUACUUUCUUUCUUGGCCUCUAAAGAGAGCUUUCUCUUUUUCCUUUCUUUCCUUGUUACUUAUUGUUUUUGUUCUUAUUUUAUGCAUUAUUGCAUCAGGUCUGUUAGAUGCAUUUGACCACGCAUUUACUCAACUACUUAUUCAGAUUAGGCACUUUUACAUCUACUUACACACUUCCAACCCCUUCCCAUUUUGAAGAACCUCUGCUUUCAAACAUUCAUUAUGUUAGUUUGCCUUCCUCGUGCCUUCAGUUUGUAUUUUAGUGCUCUGGCUUGCCUCAUCUAAUUCUUAGGCAAUUUUUGCUACACUAGCAUUUUGUUUUUAUUUAUUCAUUGUGAUUUGUUGUGCAUUUUGAUUGCAAUAUUACAUCAGAUCUUCAUCCAAUAUUUUGCCAUGUCGAGAGAUCUUACCCGUUAUUACUUAAUCUAGUCAGCGAUACAUCUUGCCCACUUCUUGCCAUAUCUGUUAUACAAGCUUUCAAACAUAUAAACAUUGC